CUGGUUUCCGAAGCUGGCGAGGAGUUUUCGCGGUUAGCUGUUGUCACAGGGAGAGGAGGACGGGGCCACACACACCCGAAGUGACCCGGGCUGCGCCAGGGGAGCGAGCCGUGUCUGCCGGAGUCUCCUGCUGCGUGGCCGGGGGCUGAUAGGGCCGGGGUUCCCCUGGCUGCUCCUAGGACCGGCCGGGGCUGGUCUGGUGGAAGCUGUUUUCAGAGGCGGUCCUAGUUCAUCGUCCCGGCUCAUCCUCGGGAGGUGCACCGUGCACCAGGUGGUGGCGAAGAGCCUGGCGGCGGCAACGCGCAAAUGAAGCCUACUGCAUACCCCCGGCAUCCCACCUCCAGGACGUGGACCUUGAGCUCAGUUUGAAGGGAAAUUAUUCUUGGAAGACUUGAGUCCUCAGUUUGCCUGAAGAAUGUUAGGUGUCUGUUCGGAAGAGGGAUUGGGAUCUGCCAUGAAGCUUGUGCCUGGAGGGGAGAGUGUCCCUACAGAAUUAAGCUUAGGAAAGGAGUUCUCAGACCCCAGAAGUAUUUGAGAGCAAUAGAGUUCUCAGAAAAGAUCGCCUGGGAAAUGAAUAGUCACUGGGGCAAUGUGGUUCCAUCAGCCACAAGUGUUCAGGCCGCUUUGAGGCCCUGGCCCAGUUUAGACACUUGGUCAGAAGUUGUUCCCCAUCACCCUUGGGGAGCUUAGGACCUGAACGAAGCCUCAGUACCUGGACAGCUGCAAAGAGGGGAUGACUCUGGUGGAAGAGGUUUCCCAAGCCUUUGAAGCAAAAGGAAAGGUGGGCCCCUGCUUUGACUGUGGAGUGGCCGUGUGUCUGGGCUUGCAGCUGAGAUGGCAGCACACCCUGGGCACUUACCCUGCACCUGCAGCAGCCCAGGUCCACACCAAGCAUGAUGCCUGUUCUUGCACCUGGGGCCCCCUUGGCUCCCUUGGAGGACCUCAAGGCCUCAGUGGAGAGGCAGAACUGCAGCCUCUCCAGGUCUCAGGAGGAAAUGGAAGCACAUUCCUGGCCAGUCCCACCCAAGGCAUCCGUGAGCUUUGAAGAUGUGGCUGUGACCUUCACACAGGAGGAGUGGAGACAGUUGGACCUGGCCCAGAGGAUGCUGUACCGCAAUGUGACUCUGGAGACCUAUGGCCAUCUGGUCUCCCUGGGGCUUCUGCUUUCCAAGCCAGAAGUGAUCUCCCAGCUGGAACAAGAUGACCUGUGCAGGGUGGGGCAGCCGCCUCCCCGAGACUGCAAGGCUACACUUGAAAAGAAAAGUUCAGCUUCUGAGAAAGGUAACACUAGGGAAGAACCAUCCCACCACAUGGAAAUGAAUCACUGCAUUCAGGGUGAGCACCCCUGGCCAGAGCCUUUAGGAAACAUGCAGGACCAGAGGGACUGUCUAGAAGAAGCCCAGGAGGAAUCUGUGAGGCAGAGUCCCACCUUGGAGGGACUGUUUGCUGAAGGGGAACAUCGUGAGCAUGAACUUAGGGUAGGUCAUCGUCUACGUUUAAGCCUUCUACCUCCAACAUUACCUACAAAUGAACAUUUCCAGAAACUCAAUGCACAGGUGAAGGGGUUGAAACAAAAUUCAGUUUUCAUUACUCAUGAGAAAGCCUGGGCAGAUCUGAAGCCCUGUGAAAAUUGUCAGUGUGCCAGAGCCUUCUGUCAGAGUAUCUACUUGAGUAAACUUGAAAACGUUGAGACAGGAAAUAAAACUCCGUGUGAAUAUGUUGUCAGUAGUGACUCCCUCAAAUUUGGUACCUCCCUUUGUUUUCAUGGUAGAAUUUUUUCAGCAGAACAUAGCAGUGAUUGUAAGGACUAUGGAAACCUUUUCUGUCACAGCGUGUCUCUGAAAGAACACAAGCAGGUAGAUUUUGGAGGAAUGCAGUACGAGUGUGACAAAUGUGGGGAAGCCUAUUGUAAGGGUUUGUGCCUAGCACAAAUGGAAAGAAGUGACGCUGGUGAGGCCCCCUUCAGAUGUAAGGGUAGCUGUGAUUCCUCCAUGGCCUCAUCUUUUAAUGACUAUAACAUUAUUCAGACUGGGAAGAAGCCAUAUGUGUGUAAUCAGUGUGGAAAAUCUUUCAGCUGUUGUUCUAAGCUUCUUAUACACCAGAGAACACACACAGGAGAAAAGCCCUAUGAAUGUACUCAGUGUGGGAAAUCUUUCAGCCAGAGCUAUGACCUUGUUGUACAUGAGAGGACACAUACUGGAGAGAAGCCGUACAAAUGCAACCAGUGUGGGAAAUCCUUCACCCAGAGUUCCAAACUUAUUAGGCAUCAGCGAACUCACACUGGAGAAAAACCAUAUAAAUGUCUUGAAUGUGGAAGAUCCUUCAGGUGGAACUCUAACCUCAUUGUGCAUCAGAGAAUCCAUACUGGAGAGAAACCUUAUGAGUGCCCUCACUGUGGAAAGUCUUUCAGCCAAAGCUCUGACUUCAUAGCACAUAAAAGGACUCACAGUGGAGAGAAGCCUUAUGAAUGUAACCAGUGUGGAAAAUCCUUCAUUCGAAGCACUCAACUCAUUAGGCAUCUGCGAAUUCACACUGGAGAAAAGCCGUACAAAUGCAGUCAGUGUGAUAAAGCCUUCACAGGGAGCUCGCACCUUAUUGAGCACCAGAGAACUCAUACUGGAGAGAAACCCUUUGAGUGUCAUCAGUGUGGGAAAGCCUUCACAGGGAGCUCACACCUUGUUUCCCAUCAGAGAAUUCAUUCUGGGGAGAAACCGUAUGAGUGUAAUGAUUGUGGGAAAUCUUUUCGUCAGCAAUCUCAGCUGGUCGUGCAUCAGCGGACACAUACUGGAGAGAAACCUUAUGAAUGCAGUCAUUGUGGCAAAGCUUUCAGCCAGAGGUCUCCCCUCAUUGUACAUCAGAGAAUGCACGUUGGAGAGAAGCCCUAUCAGUGUAGCAUGUGUGUUAAGGCCUUCACUCAGCGAUCGCGACUCAUUGAACACCAGAGAACGCAUACUGGAGAAAAGCCCUAUGAAUGUAUUGAUUGUGGGAAAGCCUUCAAUGAUCGGUCAACCCUUACUAAACAUGAGAGAACACACACAGGAGAGAAACCCUAUGAAUGCAACCACUGCGAGAAAGCCUUUAGCCAGCGGUGUCAACUUACUAGGCAUCAGCGAAUUCAUACUGGAGAGAAACCGUAUGAAUGUAAUGAAUGUGGGAAAGCUUUCAGUUACAAUACAUCCCUUAUUCAACAUGAGAAAGCUCAUGGGCAAGAAACCCUAUGAAUAAUCAAGAUGGGAAUGUUCCCUGCCAAGCCCUUGUUAUUAGAAAUUAGAUGACCAAAGUGGGACUCUCAGAGUGGAGUCUAAUGAGCGUGUAAGUCAGAAUUGCCUGACGUGUACUGAAACUGCAUGUUACUAAGCUUAUCCCCAGCUUACUAAAUCAGAGUUUCUAGUGGUAAGAUCCGGGUAUCUGCAGUUUCUGAAAGCAGCCUGUGUGAUUUAUUUACACACCAAAAAGUGUGUACUGUUGUCUUUAGAUGAGAAGCUAUGAAUAUGACCACUGAUGAAAAGCUUUCAGUCAGAGGUGUUGGCAGCAGUUAGGAAACACAGGGUGGAGCUGUACUCUCCAGAUGAUAUAUUUAGUGAAAACAACAACCUAUGAGGACCAUGAUCAGACACUGUCCUCAUUUAACACAUUCCUGGAAAUGAUGGUAGGCUGGAAAAUAUUUUUGCUGCAGAGCCCUGAAAACUCUAAACUACUACAUGAGGAAGUUAGAGUUUAGUGAUGAAAUAUGAAAUCAGCCAUCUUUGCUGUAAACCAGCAGUAAAGAACAAAAAUUGAAGGAGGCCUGGGUCUGGGAACUAUUCCACAGUGAUUUUAUUAUUGGAAUUAAAAGUAGACUGAGUAUUUCAGAGAA